AUGUCUCUCCCUUUCUACCUCCAUUACUCUCCCCCUCGCUCCCAGAAGGACGAGUUGUCCCGUGUGACUGGCUUUCUUCCGGAGAGCGGUAAGGAGCAGCUCAUGUUUGAGGUGCCUCUUAAUGACACCGGCUCGGCAGGCCUGGGCAUCAGCCUCAAAGGAAACAAGUCCAGGGAGACCGGAGAGGACCUGGGAAUAUUCAUCAAAUCCAUUAUACAUGGAGGGGCAGCAUACAAGGAUGGUCGUCUGCACGUCAACGACCAGAUGAUGGCAGUAAACGGAGAGUCGUUGCUAGGGCGCUCCAAUCACGUGGCCAUGGAGACGCUCCGCCGCUCUAUGUCACAGGAGGGAAACGUUAGAGGGAUGAUCCAACUGGUGGUGCUGAGGGCUCUGAAGGAUCAACUUGGGGUGUCACCCAAUCGCUCAUUCGACAGCUCCUCUGGUCUGAUGGGUCCAGUGAAUGGUCAGUCCAUGGUGAACAACUCUCUCUAUGCAUCUCAUGUGACCAAUGGGAGUUAUUCUUACAUGGACGAUGACGAGGAUGCAGAGCUGUACGGUCAUGAAACAGAGUUCAGCAGCUCCACCCAACACUCCUAUCUGCACGAGAGGGAAAACUCUCACAGCUCGAGCCAGGCUCAGCCCCAGUCUCCCGCCCAGAACCAGAACCAGCAGCAGUACCAGCACGUGAAAGCCUCCAAGAGCAUGGACCUGGGUACGACUCAGAACCAGCAGCACUCUGGUGGGGUGAUUUAUCUCAGUGUAUCUGCUCUGCAUGGUGGCUGCAUGCAUCCCAGCCUCACAGAAAGUCCUGCUGAUGCAUGGCUGCUGCACGGACGGCAUGCUCCUCCAAGCCACAUGCAGACUGUAAACACUCACUGA